CGGCUCUCGUGCCGCUCUGGGCUCAGCCAAUGCCAGGCCAGGGGCGUGGUGGAGGGAAGGGGCAGGCUGGAUACUUAGGCCCGCGGCGGCAGUCAGACCCUGCCUCCUCACUGUCGUGCGCGCGUUUGUUGCCCUCCGCAGCUGGGGCUUUGUGGGUAGUAAGGCGGCCACCCGGUUGCGUCAUGGUGACCCCCUGCCCUACCAGCCCCACGAGCCCCGCUGCCCGCGCGGGGAGGAGAGACAACCACCAGAACCUCCGUGCCCCGGUGAAGAAGAGCAGGCGCCCGCGCCUCCGGAGGAAGCAGCCGCUGCAGCCCCUGAACCCGUGCCCUCUUCCCGGUGACUCCGGUGUUUACGACCUGCUCGAAUCCCCCAGCUCCGGCUCGGAUGGCGCAUGCAGCCCCGCGGCGUCUGCGGCGCGGGGCUGCAGCCCCCUGCCUAGCCCUGCCCAGCCGUUGGAGCACCUAGAUCUACAGACCUUUCGCGACUACGGCCAGAGCUGCUACGCCUUCUACAAGGCGCAGGAGAGCCACUUCCACCCGCGGGAGCCGCUGGCGCGGCAGCCACAAGUGACGGCGGAAUCCCGCUGUAAGCUGCUCAGCUGGCUGAUCCCCGUGCACCGCCAAUUCAGUCUCUCCUUCGAGUCGCUGUGCCUGACGGUGAACACUCUGGACCGUUUCCUCACCACCACGCCGGUAGCCGCAGACUGUUUCCAGCUGCUCGGGGUCACCUCCCUGCUCAUCGCUUGCAAACAGGUGGAGGUGCCCCCGCCGCGCGUGAAGCAGCUCCUGGCCCUGUGCUGUGGCGCCUUCUCCCGGCAGCAGCUGUGCAAUCUCGAGUGCAUCGUGCUGCACAAGCUGCACUUCAGCCUGGGCGCGCCCACCAUCAGCUUCUUCCUGGAGCACUUCACGCACGCUCGCGUGGAGGCGGGACAGGCGGAGGUCUCCGAAGCCCUGGAAGCGCAAGCCCUAGCGCGGGCAGUGGCCGAGCUUAGCCUGGCCGACUACGCCUUCACCAGCUACGCCCCCUCCCUGCUGGCUAUAUGCUGCCUGGAGCUGGCAGACUGCAUGUUGCAGCUCCCGCGCCCCGUGGACCUGCGCCUGGGCGGGCACCACGAGACGGCGCUGCAAGACUGCCUGGGCAAGCUGCGGCUGCUGGUGGCCAUAAACAGUACCUCUCUGACUCACAUGCUGCCCUUCCAGAUCUGCGAGAAGUGCAGCCUGUCCCCCACCUCGAACUAAAACAGACCCUUGGUCUCUUUUUAUUCCCUGGUCCGGCUGCUGGACCUCUCCCAUUGAUUCAAAAGAGUGCAGUAUUAGUCCGUAGAGAAGGGUUCAGGGAUCCCGACUGCAAAUAGUGUACAAUACUAGCAUCUAGAGGUUAUUUAUUUUGCUGAGAGAACACGAGGGAGCCGAGUCUUUCCCCAAUAAAGAGGCUGUUUGUUGUGGUUUGUCU